AUGUUUUACGAAUUUUUAUUUAUAUCAAGUUUAAAAAUAUUAUUUCUUCCAGCAUAUUAUUCUACAGAUUUCUUCGUGCACAGAAAUUGGCUAGCAAUCACAAGCAAUCGAAGUAUUUCACAGUGGUAUUAUGAGGAAACAUCAGUUUGGACUCUCGACUAUCCACCGUUUUUUGCAUAUUUUGAAUAUGUUUUAUCCUUUGCUGCGAAACUAUUUGAUGAUCAGAUGUUAAAAGUUGAAAAUAUAGACUAUGUCUCAUUUAAUACGGUACUUUUCCAAAGAUUAUCGGUAAUAUUUACUGAUAUUAUUUACUUCUUUGGCGUUUGGCAAUGCACCAAAUAUGUUAAAGGAAAUAGAAGAAUUCACCAUUCCUUACUUUUAUUAGGAAACAUAGGACUGAUUUAUGUCGAUCAUAUACAUUUUCAGUACAACGGAAUUUUAUUUGGAAUACUUUUACUAAGUUGUGGAAACAUGAUCCAGAAAAAGUAUUUAAAAUCUGCAUUUUACUAUGCACUGUUACUAAACAUGAAGCAUAUAUUCAUUUACAUAGCACCUGUAUAUAUAUUAUAUUUACUCCGACAUUAUUGUUUUUCAUCAAAAAAUACAGUUAUCAUCAACACUUUAAAAUUAGGAAGUAUAGUUUUGACAGUAACAGCAAUUUCGUUUGGUCCCUUUAUUGAGCAUUUGCCACAAUUGCUUUCUAGACUUUUUCCUUUUAAAAGAGGUUUGACACAUGCAUAUUGGGCUCCUAAUUUUUGGGCUAUGUAUAAUAUGCUGGAUAAAGUUUUAUCCAUUAUUUUGAAUGUACGAAUUUCAAAUUCAAGCACUGGUGGAUUAGUUCAAGAGCAAUUUUAUUCGGUUCUCCCUCAAAUAACACCAAAGAUAACGUUUAUAAUUACAACAAUCUCAAUGAUUCCGUGCUGUAUAAAAAUUCUUCGAAAUAGAGAAGAUUCAGUCGCAAACUUUUUAAAACCUUUAACAAUUUGCGCAGCAUGCUCGUUUAUGUUUGGGUGGCACGUUCACGAGAAAGCUAUUUUGAUGAUAUUGAUUCCAAUCCAGAUUUUAAGUUCAAACUGUGUCUCUGAAAUGAAUUCCUCUUUUUUCUUAGCUGUUUUUGGACUCUAUUCAUUGACACCUUUAUUGUAUUCCAAAGAAUUAAUAAUUUUGAAAUUAUCAUUAUUCGUGCUUUACAUCAUGAUUAAUUACUACAUUUUAAAACAAAACAGUUAUCCUAAGCUAUUAGUAAUUGAAAAGAUUUAUUGUUUUGGACUAUUCUUACUUCCUAUUUAUGAGUUCAUAUUGCAAUAUUUGUUAAAAUUUGAUCAUAAAUUACCAUUUAUGCCGCUAAUGCUAACAAGUGUCUAUUGUGGGAUUGGAAUGUUUUAUUUUUGGGUAAAAUACUAUUUUGAAUAUAUGCUAAGUAGAAACAUCGAAAGUCCAAAUAAAAUAAAAUAA